AUGUAUCCCUCCUUCCGGCCCUCAAACCCGGGCCUCAUCAGCUUCUUCUCGCGCUUGGCAAUCCUCCGCAUCUUCUUCUCAUUGAUCCUCCCCUGGAUGUUUUCCUUCCUCUUCCUCUGCCUCUCAUCCUUCAUCUUCGUCUGGGUCUCGACUCUCUCCUUCCAUUUCUCAGCAUUCUUCUCCCUCUUCCUCUUCUCCCUCUUCAUGCUCUCCUUGAUUAACCGCGCAUCGUCAUGGACCUUUACGCCCAUGGCCCGGCUGGCGGCAGCCUUCCACGACUCACGCUCGGCCACAGUCGGAUUCUCCUUCUUCGCCUCCUGCUUUUUCUUGACCAAUUCAAGUUCCUUGGCCUUCGGCAGUUUCUUCUUCUUUUUCUUUGCACGCUUCCCCUCAUCCUCAUCUCCUAAUCUCACCUUUCCAUACUCGAUAAUCUCCUCACCAUCAUCGACCUCAUCCGAAAUAUCUCCCUUUUCACCACUUCCACCCUCGGAGCUCCUCGUAGGUUACAGACUUCGCCUUAUCAUCCUCGAUAUCAAUCGGACUAGGUCGGGACUCGUCCUCCUCCAGACCGUCGCCAUCUACGCCGGCCAGACCUUUGCUGUUCUGUUGCUGCUGGAGGAGGUGGAGGGUGGAGGAGGGCUCGCCGUCGGGGUCAAAGCGGUGGCGGCGGGCGAGCUUGAGGCCCUGGUACCAUGGCUUCGAAUCGGCAUCGUCGCUCGGAAGGUAGAAUCUGGCGGGAAUCAGUUCAAUCAAGUGGUCGAAGAAUUCGCUGUACUGGUGGAUGGCAGAUUUGAGGUCAAAAUCGACGGUGGCGGCGGUGGCGGCGGCGGCGGCCGCCGCAGCAUAAAUCACCUCUUUAAGUGA